AUGUCAAGUGAAGAUAUCCCUCAAAUCAUCAUCGACACCAGAAAUGCAGCUUCUGGAGUCACAGGAGAGAGUGUCGAACCCAGACAAACUUUACCUACAGAAGACAUGGAACCUAAUCCAUCCAAAUCAAUCCCUCUACCACCCAAUAGACAAAAACUCAUCGAUGAUGUGAUUGCCCUUUACUCUUGUCAACCUACCGUAGAGAGGGUAGCAAGAUACGCUCCUGCUUGUGUAUACGAUGAUCAAUUUGUAUAUGCCAAUGAUCGAUAUAAGAUGGCAGGACAGUGGUUCGGUUUACCUAAAUUAUUCCCUGCUUCCGAGAACUUGGGUUAUGAGAUCGUUAAGAAUGAUGAUACUUUGAUCCAAUUCAAGAACAAGCAGCGAUGGUCAUUUCACUUGAUUCCCAAAAAAGCUACGAUCAACGCAUUGGUAUCUAUCGUAUUAGAUCCAGCAACUAAAGAUUCAGAUUUCCCUUUGAUCUUAUACCAUAAAGAUCAAGCCAACGAGAAAGAUUAUUCUCAUGAAGGAUUUGGAUUCUCAUUCAAAAAAACCCAAGCUGAUCUAGUUUCAAGAUUCAUGUCUGAUAAAGAAGUGAAAUAUUUCAAGGGCGAUGAGAACGCUACUAAGGAACCUGUCAAGAAGUACGGUAGCGGAACAAACGAAGCUCCACUUGCUACAAAUGUAUAG